AUUCAGUUUGGACAAUGCCGUUAUGCUCAACAUCCUAAAACGCUUCCCUCCUGGCCUCAGAGUCCCUUAUUUCUUGCACUUAAGCGGCCGGCUGUGUACGCCGUUACUUGCAGUAACCUUUAGCUGCUCGUCACUCUUUUAAUAACAUGGGCGGCAUACUUAAGCGACGGCGCCCGCCGCACCUCUUACGGCCGGACCAGAUGCUCUCCUCGCUGUCCUCCCUGCGCCUGACCGCGCUGCUGCAGCACGGCGGCGUGUGGCUGGCGGUGCCGCCGCACCUCGCGGAGCUGCUCAACCAGUGCUGCACAGGACAGAUGGACGGCGGACCAGGUACCGCGGAGGAGGUGGCGGCGGUGCUGACUCCGCUGGUGGGAGAGCCGGCGGACUGGGGGCAGCAGCAGCAGCCGGAGGGCAGCAGCAAUGCCGCCGCCAGAUCUGCUGCUGCUGCCGUCGCUACCGCACCUGCUCUUGCUGUCGCCGCAGUUCCGGGCGCUACGGUAGCCAGUGAGGGCGUCGCGGCGAUGUCGUUAGCAUGCCAGUCCUUGUCCUCCUCGCUAAUGCUGCGGGUUCAAGCUGGCGGCCAGGAGGUGCAACUGCAGCAGCAGCAGCAGCAGCAGGCGGAGCUGGAGGUGCGUACGGAGGGAGCGUCACAGCAAGGGCCAGCGAUGGCUGAUCCGCCGCCGUUCCAGCAGCAGCAGCCGCUGCCUCCCCAGCAACCCGUGCAGCAGCUACCAGCGGUCGUGUGUGGCCCCACUGCUGACGGGGCGGGGGCAUCAGGUGACCCGUGGGUCAGGGUGACGUCAGGCUCAGAGCCCGGGGGGCCGAGUCCGGGCAGCCACGGGCGCGUGGGGGACAGCAGCGGCGGCAUUGCAGCGGUGGAGAGGGGGGCUGGUGGGGAAGCAGGGGUGUGCGGGGACGUGGAGCGACCGGAGCGGCGGAUGGCGGCAGGCGCAGGGGCGGACGCAACCGGGGCACCAGGAGGAGCAGCCGCAGGGGCUGCAACCGUGGCCGUGACGUCAGUAGCAGCUGCUUCGGUACCCGGCGACGGCGGCGGCGGCGGGGGCCGUGGCGGCGGCAGUGGUGGCAGGUUCCGGGGUCGGGGCCGGCCGCGGGUGCCUGCACCUCCCGCGCCUCCCUUCAGCCCCGCUGCGGCGGGAUGCCGGCUGGUGGCGGUGCGUCUGACGCUGGAGGAGGCGUUCUUCCUGCAUCACGUGCUGCGGUGUCUGCAGGUCUACGAGCUGCAGCCCGGCUCGCCCCUGCCCGCCACUGCCGACCACGUCCGGCGGCUGGAUGAUCUGGGUUUGUGGCGCGCCUGUCGCCGCAUCCGGAGCAACUUCGUGACCUCCUACGUGGCCUACCACCACCUCAAAGCCAAGGGAUGGAUACCCCGAUCUGGGUUGCUGUACGGAGUGGAUUACGUGGUGUACCAGCUGCACCCCGCGGGCGCGCACAGCAACUACGGAGUCAUGGUGCUGCCGCUGGGGCGGGACGGCCGACCCAUGGGUCCGCAUGCGCCGCCGCUGAGCUGGCUGGACCUGCAGAUCACCAACCGCCUGAUUAACCAGGUGGUCAAGCGGCUGAUCCUGAUGUACGUGUACGAGCAGCCGGGGCCGGACCACACCACACCCGCCUGCCUGCAGAACUUUGCGGUGGAGGAGCGCAUCGUGCGGCGCUGGGUGCCUGACGCGACCCGGGAAUGAGGACCCGGGAGUGAGCAGUGUGGUACCAGCCCCUGAUGAUGAUGGCUGGGGUAGUGGCUGCGGACAUGCGGCAACACGCAUCACAGUCACUACGGAGGGAGCGCCGAAACCCCGGUUGCUGUACUACAAUCUGUACUGCCAGUGCGAGUUCACAUGUGUGCCGGUCAUUACUCCGCCGCACAGGAUGUGUAAGUUUGUACAUGG